CGCUCGGCAACUCUAUGUGCCAGUUGAUUUCGGAAACUCGACUAGUACGGAAUAAGGGAAAAAUUGUGCGAAGCGUGUGAUAUAAACGUAAAUUCGCUUACGAAUAUAAUUUCCGGAUUGUGUUGUGAAGAAAAGGGAAAAAUUAAAAUAAAAAAAUUGAAUAAAAUAGAUUUGUGCAUUUCCUACGUGUCCGACAAGAUCGCAUAUUAACAAACAUGGCUUCAUUGAAAAAGUCCAUUGAUUUUGACGAUGAUCUCGAUUUAGGUGAUGAUGAUGAUUCAUGUUCCGAUUUUGAUGAUGAUGAAGAUCCAGACAAAAUAGAAGUGCCAGGUGGGGGUCGUGAUCUACAAACCGCGGUUAUAUAUGCGAAAAACAGCGGACACAAAGGCGCCAGCAAUAGCCUCAUUAGCAAUAAUAAUAAAAAUAUUAGUAAUAAUAAUAAUUCGUUAUUAACAAUUAAUCAAACGCGUACAAAUAACGUUCCAUUAAUAACAACAACAACAGCGACAACAGCAAAACCAAUACCAAGCAGUGGCAUUUCACUGCUGAACAACAACAAUAAUAUGCCAAAAAAACCUACAGCAGCACCGGCAGCCAUCGGAAUGUCCACCUAUCCGAGCAGUUCGGGUGCCGCUGCAGCUGCCGCCGCCGCCGGCUAUAGUGGUCUGCCAACAACACUGCCAUUUAGCAAUAGUCAGCUUAUGAAUAUGGCGCUUGCUGUUGCUAGUGGCAGCGGUGUGGGCGGUGGUCCGCUCGGCGGCGCAGCCGGUGGCCUGAGCGCUUUGCUAGCAGCUGGACUCGGCGUGCCCGGUGGUGGUCUUAACAUGCCGCUGCCCAAUACCGUCACCAGCAAUACAGCCGCCUUGGCUGCGGCUGCUGUUGCGGCGGCAGGUGGUGGAGGCGGUGUUGGUGUCGGUGGUGGUGGCGGUGGCAGUGGCGUCGGUGCAGGCAAUUAUUAUCAAACAAGCUCAAAUCUGAAUAUGGCAGCGUCUUUAUUGGCGCAGAUGAGCAUGGGCCUUGGCUUCGACUCAGCGCCAACCACCGCAUCCAGUAUGCCCGCCAACCCCAUGGCCAGCGGCGGCAAUGCACCCGCAACACCACAAGCAAAAACCAAUGCUUUGAUAAUGCAGAAAAUCCAAGCUUUGGUUGCAGCAAAUCCAUCCUUUCUCACCAGCGGCAUACCAAAUCAGCUGUUGGCGCAACUGUUAAUGCAGCCAAUGAAGAUGGCGCCCGCCACAACUGUCACCACUACGGGUCCACCCGAAGAGGAGGAAAAUGAUUAUGAAGAAAUGGGCGUUGCGGAGACUUAUGCCGAGUAUUGGCCUGCCAAGUUGAAAUUGGGCAAAAAACAUCCCGAUCCGGUCGUGGAAACGGCCUCACUCUCUUCCGUCGAACCCUGUGAUGUUUACUACAAACUCUCCAUUCCAGCAGAGACAAUUAAUAGCGGUUACUUGAGCGCUUUGCAACUGGAAUCCAUUACCUACGCCUCACAAGCGCACGAUCACAUGUUGCCCGAUGGCACGCGCGCCGGUUUUUUGAUUGGCGAUGGCGCUGGUGUGGGCAAAGGUCGUACCAUUGCGGGCAUAAUUUAUGAGAAUUAUUUGAAGGGACGCAAGAAGGCGUUGUGGAUUUCCGUCUCAAAUGAUUUGAGAUAUGACGCUGAGCGGGAUUUGCUCGAUAUUGGCGCAAGCAAAAUUGAAGUGCACGCGCUGAAUAAGUUCAAAUAUGCCAAAAUCUCCUCGGACGUCAACAACAACGUCAAACGCGGCGUCAUAUUCAGCACAUAUUCCGCGUUGAUUGGCGAAUCCAAUAAUAAGACUGGCAAAUAUAAAUCACGCUUAAAACAACUACUACAAUUUUGUGGUGAAGACUUUGAUGGUCUGAUAAUAUUCGAUGAGUGUCACAAAGCGAAGAAUCUGUGCCCAGUCGGUUCGGGUAAGCCGACCAAAACGGGUCAAACCGUUUUGGAGUUGCAAAAUAAAUUGCCAAAAGCACGUGUCGUUUAUGCUUCGGCCACUGGCGCGUCGGAACCCAAGAAUAUGGCAUAUAUGGUGCGUUUGGGGUUGUGGGGGCAGGGUACGGCUUUUCCGAAUUUCAGCGAUUUCAUCACAGCGGUGGAGAAGCGUGGCGUCGGUGCUAUGGAAAUUGUCGCUAUGGACAUGAAACUGCGUGGCAUGUAUAUAGCGCGUCAGCUUAGCUUCCACGGCGUGACCUUCAAAAUUGAGGAGGUCGCCUUGUCCAAGGAGUUUCGCAGAGUAUAUGAUCAGUCCGUGGAAUUGUGGGUUGAGGCCAUGCAAAAAUUCACCGAAGCCGCUGAACUCAUUGACGCCGAGAGCCGCAUGAAAAAGACCAUGUGGGGCCAAUUUUGGUCCUCCCACCAACGUUUCUUCAAAUACCUUUGUAUAGCGGCGAAGGUCAAUCAUGCGGUGCAAGUGGCGCGCGAAGCUAUCAAAUAUGGCAAAUGUGUCGUCAUAGGUCUGCAAUCGACGGGCGAGGCGCGCACCCUCGAACAAUUGGAGAGAGAUGACGGAGAACUGACUGAUUUCGUGUCCACCGCAAAAGGCGUCUUUCAAUCACUGGUGGAAAAGCAUUUUCCCGCGCCCGAUCGCAAUCGCAUCAAUCGCAUACUCGGUCUGGGCGGCUACAAUAGUGACGAUAAGAAGACGUCUAUACAGAGUAUAAUUGAGGAGGUCACAAGCAGACGCGAGUCGGCCAGCAUUAAAGACGAACCCUGCUCCUCCUCUUCCAGCACAGUGGGCAGCAAACGCAAGCAGGGGCGCGGGGAUUCGCAUUCAAAGAAAAUGCGUAAGAACUCGUGGAAUAAUUCCGAUGAAGAUUCACAAAACGAAUCGGAAGAUAGCGAUUAUAAAAUGUCCCACUCCGAGUCCGAGGAGUCAGAUGUGGGCGCGCAUUCAGAUAGCUGUGAGUCCUCCGACUUCAAUCCCUUCUUCAGCGGUUCGGAUAGUGACAAUGAUCCAUGGGUGGCGCGUUCAAAGAAAAAAGCCAAAAAGAAGGCUAAACCGAAGGAGUCAGCAACCACAGCCAAUAGCAACAGCAAUGCAAUUGCUAACACUCCGACUGCUGCCAACACGAACGGCUCAACCACCACAGCUGCCACUGCGUUAGCGCCUAAACGUAAAGGUCCAAUUAGCACACAAGAUCGCAUACAAGAUCUGCUGCAAAAGAAGCAAGAACUGAAGGGCACUGUUACGCAGGUUGGCGUCAAUGGCAUCAAACUAAACUAUGGCCCACCACCCAAAGAUGCCAUCGAACGCGCUUGCAGCAUGAAGGAGGAAUUGUUGCGUAAGAUAGAACGCUUGGGCGAGCGCCUACCCCCGAACACACUAGACCAGUUAAUUGACGAGCUCGGCGGUCCAGAUAAUGUGGCCGAAAUGACGGGUCGCAAGGGUCGCGUGGUGCAGUCGGAAGACGGUUCGAUACAGUAUGAGUCGCGUUCCGAGCAAGACGUGCCACUUGAAACGCUCAACAUCACAGAGAAGCAACGUUUCAUGGAUGGUGAAAAAGAUGUGGCAAUCAUCUCCGAGGCCGCAUCUAGCGGUAUUUCGCUGCAGAGUGAUCGACGCGUACGCAAUCAGCGACGACGUGUACACAUCACACUUGAGCUGCCAUGGUCUGCCGAUCGCGCUAUACAACAGUUCGGACGCACACAUCGUUCGAAUCAGGUCAAUGCGCCCGAAUACAUUUUCCUCAUAUCCGAUUUGGCGGGUGAGCGCCGUUUCGCAUCGACAGUCGCAAAGCGUUUGGAAUCGUUGGGCGCAUUGACACAUGGAGAUCGCCGUGCCACCGAAACCCGCGACUUGUCCCAAUUCAAUAUAGACAACAAAUAUGGACGCAACGCGUUGGAGACCGUUAUGAAGACUAUUAUGGGUUAUGAGACGCCUUUGGUACCGCCACCCACCGACUACAAGGGCGACUUCUUCAAAGAUAUUGCCGGCGCUUUGGUGGGUGUGGGCAUCAUUGUCAAUACUGAGACAAACCCGGGCGUGCUUAGCCUGGACAAAGAGUACAACAACAUUUCGAAGUUCUUGAAUCGCAUACUCGGCAUGCCAGUCGAGCUGCAGAACAGGCUUUUCAAGUAUUUUACAGACACACUGAACGCGAUCAUCAAUCAGGCGAAACGCGGCGGGCGCUUUGACUUGGGCAUUUUAGAUCUGGGUGCCGCCGGUGAAAAUGUAACACGCAUCAAACUCGUCCGUUUCAUACGUAAACACGCCACGGGUAAAGCACCAGCCGAGCUGCAUACAGUGCGCGUUGAACGCGGCAUGAUUUGGCAGGAAGCAAUUGACAAAUAUUCCGAUUUGAUUAGUGAAUAUGAGGGCUUCUAUGUCUCACAUCAAGUGCGUAACGGUAAACGUACCGCUAUAUUGGCUGUUGAAAUUGAAACACCACAAACCCCACUGCAGCAACAAUCGAAUAGCAAGAAGAAGGAGAAGGGUGUGAGUAAGAAAGAUAUGAUGUUCCAAGUGUAUCGACCCAACACUGGUCUACAAGUGCGCCACGAAUCGCUGGCGGAGUUGGAUAAGAAAUAUAAGAAAGUGCCCAGCGAGGAAGCCGAGCCGCACUGGACGCAACAGUAUGACGCGUCGGUGAACACCUGUUCGCACGCCUACUGGAAUGGCAAUUGCCGCAAUGUCAAUUUGGGCAAUGAAUGUGAGGUUGGCCUACGUCAACGUCUCUACUAUGUACUCGCCGGUUCUGUACUGUCCGUUUGGACGCGCGUCGAACAUGUAUUGGCCAUGCGCAAUGCCAAUAAUAAAAUGCAAGUGAUACGUAUGAAAACCACCGAAGGUGAAAAAAUUGUCGGAACACUAAUACCGAAGUCGUGCCACGAAUUGCUGCUGCAAGAUCUCAAAUCCGAUGCAGAGCGUAUUGAGGAGGUGAAUUUUUAAGCUUUUGUGAGGGAAGGAAGGAGCUAAAAAAAUGUAUAAAGAAUGAUAGAAGAAAAAGCGCUUAAAAGCGGCAAACAAAAAUGUUGAAAGCAAAAAAGAAUGAAUUAUCCAUAUAAUAAUUAUUAUUUUUUUUUGCCCUAAGCCAACUUCUUAGUGUGUAGUAAAUAGACUGUAUUUUGUUAGCUGUGUCGCGUCGGCACAGCAACAGUAAAAAAAAACACCUUAGCGGUAAAAUAUUCGCAUACACAACAGUAUGUGGGUUGUAUUACUUCUACACUGUAAAUGUUAAUUUAAAUUAAAACAAAAACUAAUACUAAAAUAAUAUUUAAUGCAAAGCAAACUGAAAAAAAGAGACAAAAACAAGUAGCAAAAGAAAUGUAAAAGCAGCAAAAAAAGGAAAUCGCAAAUUAUAUGCAGCCACUGUGCAAGUGCAUAAUCGGUUGCAAAUUGCUAAUAUACUUCAAAAAACACACACAACAACACAAAAAACAAAAUUAAAUAUGUACAAUAAUUGUGUAUUUUUCGCGUGUGUAUGCCGUGUGCUGAUGGAGGGGAGGCAUCUAACGCACACAUUACUUACGUAGUUUAUAGUCUUGUAUUUAAAUAGUUACCUAAUGUUACUUUUUACUUUUAAUUAUCUAUUAUUACAAAUAUUAUAUAUUUUAAAAUAUUAUUCCUUAUGUUAAAAAAGAAAAAAAAACAACAAGACAAAAAAAAAACAAAUUGCAAAAUUCAUUUCAUUUAUCAACUGCCUCGCUGCAAUGAUUUUUGCGUGUCAAGAAGAAGAAGAA